GCUCUAGUAGUGUGUGUGGGGAAUAAAGUCCAUGAUCUUGAGUAGGGUAAGAUCUUUAAAACCCCAACUUUGCACAUAUCUUGAGAAAACUUAAAUGAGAUUUGUUCCCAUCCUACCCAAAUAAUUGUCCUCCCAUUCAACCAUUCCAUUCGACCCCAUUCCACACCCCACGAAAACAGCCAAACACAGAGAAAGAGAAAAUGGCAUCAAUGGACUCUGCCAAUGCCACUCCAAGUCCAUCAUUCGCAAUCAGAGGCCCCCAAACCUCCCCAUUCCUCCGAAGCAUUUCCACCAAAGAAAACCCAUCUUUCUCCUCAGAGUUCCCCUCCACUCCUCCCCGCCUAACCUCCCAACCCUCCUCUCCACGCCUCUCCUUCAACUCCACUCCUCCACCACCACCCCAUUCCUCCUCCAAGCUCGACCACCUCCACACCUCCUACCGAUGCGUCUCGUCGGUCCUCAAAAAGGACGGCCAGAUCUUGUCCAUAGCCGCAUCCAACGGUGUCGUGUACACGGGAUCGGAGACAAAUGUGAUUCGAGUAUGGAAGCUUCCGGAAUUCACAGAGUGUGGGGAGCUGAAGACGAAGGCGUGUAGGGUGGUGGCGAUUGAAGUGUCGAAUGAUAAGCUGUAUGCGGCGUAUGGAGAUUGUAAGAUUAGGGUUUGGAGGAGGACUUGGGAGGGAGUUACGAAGCAUGUGAGAUUGGCUACUAUCCCCAAGGUUGGGAGUUACGUUCGGAGCUAUAUCGCCGGCAAGGAUAAGAUGACAAAGCACAUGGGCCCAAUCUCAUCACUAGCAAUCAACGUCUCAGAUGACAUCCUCUACUCAUCCUCCCUCGACAAAACGGUCAAAGUCUGGCGAAUCUCCGAUCACAAAUGCACCGAAACCAUCAACGCCCACUCCGACCCCAUCAACGCCAUCGCCGUCGCCGACGAUGGCGUCCUCUACACCGCCUCCGACGACGCCACCGUCAAAGUCUGGCGCCGCAACUUCUGCUCCGGCCACCGCCCCCACUCCCUCACCCUCACUCUCCCAGCCAAAUCCUCCCCCGUCAAAACCCUAACCCUAGCCUCCGACGGCGCCGUCGUCUACGGCGGCUGCACCGACGGCUACAUCCACUUCUGGCUCAAGGGCUGGUUCUCCGGCCAGUUACAGUACGGCGGCGCUCUCCAAGGCCACACCCAUGCGGUCAUGUGUUUGGCUAAUGUGGGUCGGUUUGUGGUUAGCGGGUCGGCUGACUCGACGGGUCGGGUCUGGGUUAGGGAACAAGAUGGGCAACAUUGUUGUGUUGCUGUGCUUCAGGGUCAUAGGGGCCCGAUCAGGUGCGUCGCGGCGUUUCCGGCUAAAGUGGCUGCGGCGGAGGAGGGGGAGGAGGGGUGUACGGUUUGUACCGGGAGUCUCGACGGAGUGUUGAAGGUGUGGCGGGUCACGGAUGACCCGGCGGGUCGGAGUUCGAUGCAGAAGACUAGUGAGUAUUUUGACUUGAGUUGAGGGUUUUGGCCGUUGACUUUAACCAUGGUUUUUUUUUUUGGUUUUUUGGAGGUGCAAGUGUACAGUUUUGAAUUUGGGAAAAAUUAUUCAAGUGUUGAUGGGUUGAUGUUGCAAGCAGAUCUGGUCAUUAGUUUGUGAUACAAAUGAAUGGCGAGGAUUGCCGUAAUCUACUUGUGAUGAAUACUGUAAUAAUUGCUCCUUCGAUUGUUAGAUACAAGUUUAGAAAAAGUUAAUUACAAUUGUAAAAUGAAUCAGAUACAUCGAGUUUGCUUGUGUUCGGUUUA